AUGGCUAAUGAUGCAUAUUUUUAUUUUGCACUGGAAGUAGAUUGUACUGGACAAAUGAGAAGUGUUUUUUGGGCAGAUGGAAAAUCAAGAGCAACUUAUUUGAAGUUUAAUGAUGUUAUUGUGUUUGAUGUGACUUAUAAAACCAACAAGUUUAGUCUUCCAUUUGCACCAUUUACUGGGGUGAAUCAUCAUAGGCAAUCUACUUUAUUUGGUUGCGCAUUGCUAGCUGAUGAACAAGAAGAAACAUUUGUUUGGUUGUUUCAGGAAUGGUUAAACUGCAUGCAUGGAAUUGAACCGGGUGCUAUCAUCACAGACCAAGACCGAGCAAUGUGUAAUGCCAUUCAUAAAGUCUUUCCAAACACAAGGCAUCGUUAUUGUUAUUGGCAUCUGCAGCGACAUAUUGCCGAUCAUUUGCAUACUUUGAAUUAUGUUUAUGGUGAAGAAUUUAAAAAUAUUGGGACUUGUGGAAUGAGAUCAACCCAAAUGAGUGAAAGCAUCAACUCAUUAUUUGAUGGAUAUGUGAAUUCACAAACACAGUUAAAAGAAUUAGUAACUCAAUAUGAAAAGGUCGUGACACAUCGACGAUUGAGUGAAGCACAUGGAGAUUUUAGAACUCUUAAUACAAAACCACAGUUUCACCUUGGGCAUCCAAUUGAAAGACAAGCUGGAAGUAGUUAUACCCGCACUAUGUUUCAUGUAUUUCAGAAUGAGAUCAAAGGGUGUGGUGUUCUUAGCCUUCAAGAGGUGGCCAAAGAAGAAAAUUCUGUUUUAUGGCGAGUUGGUGACUUAGAUGAAAGCAAUGAAAAGUGGAGGUUUGUUACUUAUGAUGAAUGUAGAGAAUUACAGUAUAGUUGCAGUUGUGUCCAAUUUCCUUCUACUGUCUUUAUUGCUGAUGCGGUUACGGGUCAGAGUAGCGCUACCCACUCUUAUUAUGAGGGGCUCCCGUUAAUUAAAUCAUCUUCCCGGUUCAAAUUUGACUAUAGUGAAGAGGCUAGAGAGUUGAUCCAGCGAGAGAUUGCUUUCUGCAAGCCUGCACAGUGGUUACACGAGGAUGGUUCGUCAUUCCUUUACUUGCCUUUUAUCCCUCGAGAGCAUUCACUGUUAAAGUUUAGGAAUUUAUCGGUUGGACGUGAAAUGUUCUGGAGGUUAACCGAAAACCACGAACGUAUUCAUUGUGGUUUCAUCGGGAAAGAGGCUACUCCAGGUUCCAGUGAAAGAGCUUCUAUACGAGGGCUUCAUCCGGGUGUCUUAGGCCAAGACAAUAUACCUCAGAAUGAAAAGACAGCGCAGGCCAACACCGUGAAGAAUCGUUUGGCUGCAAUGAAGAAGAAAUUACCCCACGAGAGUUUCAGAUGUUAUGGAUGGGUCCAUUAUUAUGGGGAUAAAUGGUGGUGGACCAGAAUGACUUGA